AUGGACGCAGCGGAGUUGACGUCGCAUUUUCAAAAGUUUAAAAUACAUGAGAAGUCUGCACCGAACACCACGAAUAGCAGGGAUCCUGGAGGCCAAGACAUGAUUUGCAACUGCGAAGACGAGCUCGACAUCUUCGAGAGGUUUGUGCAAGACCCGUGCAUGGACUCGUGGGAAAACCUCGACGAGGACAAAGACGUCAGUACGGAGCCACAGGACUACCCUGACGAGAGCUCAUCACAGUGGGAGGACGAGGAAUAUCUGGACACAGUGGCCGAGGGCGUCGAAAGUCUCGACUACAAAGCGUCCCGGGUGGCAAACCCAAACGUGUGCUCCAAAUGCCACAAACUGCGGCGCUGGAAAACGGGUGGAAGCGCUGCUCAGGACUCGGACGAACCGGUGCUGAGGUGCUCUCGUACGAACAGCUUUAUGUCGCAACUGUCGCGCCAGGCCUCGCGACAAUCGCUGCCAGACCCGACAGAAUCGAUGCAUAUCGCCGGGGGUCCUGGAGGACCCGCCACGGAAAUCGGUGCUUCGUGCACGGGACCUCGCUCACGCUCGAGAUCCUCGUUCGGAGGAUCGUCCGCUAUCCCCGCGCACCUGUAUUGUCUCGAGCGCUUCGUGAGCUGCGAGCUCGAUUCCGCAGCCGAGUGUUUCUUCAAGAAGGACCCACCCUUGCACGUCUGCACCUCGAUGGCGUCCCCGACUGCGUCCGUCGGGUCUCCUGGCUCGCCCACGCUAUCACGUGUUUUGUCGACUCCCUCCUCUAGCACUACGGCCAAAAACGGCAACGAUCUAACGCAGACGCAGGCGCAUCCAAUCAUGCCACUGGCAAAACGCAAAUCGCGGGUCUCUUCCAUCGAAUUGUCACUGCUAAAUUCCAUGUCGUGA